AUGCAGGUCAAGCAGCUGAGCGCUGCCAGCUACCAUGUCUGGGUGCACUCCCCCGUCCCGGGGCAGCCACGCUUCUUUGCCAGCGAUGCACUGGAGUGCCUGACCAAGGUUCAGUGGUGGGUGGUCCCGCUGCUCUGGAUCCCGGUGGCCUGCGCUUGGCUGGCGGUGGCCGUGCAGGAUUGGGGCCUCCCAACUUCGGCCUGCUAUGCCGCGGCGGGCGCGCUGAGCUGGCAGGGCGUGGAGUACAGCCUGCACCGCUGGGUCUUCCACGCCCGGCCGCACUCCCCUGCGGCCGUCUGCGCACACUUUCUCCUGCACGGCUGCCACCACAAGUUCCCCCAGGACGUUGAUCGCCUGGUCUUCCCACCCCUGCCCGCCGCCCUCAUCGCCGCAGGCCUGUACUACAUGAUCAGGCUCGCACUCCCAGCGGGUGGGAGCGACGCCUUCUUUGGGGGCCUAUUGCUAGGGUAUGUGCGCUAUGAUUGCAUGCACUACCUCAUGCACUCCGGUAGGCUGGGCGGCCGACUCAAGGCCGCACACAUGCAUCACCACUACUCGAACCCGGAGGAGGCGUUUGGGAUCAGCGGCGGCUCAGUAGACUGGAUGCUGGGCACCCCGGCUGCCAUAGGAGCUACCCGCAGGAGCCUCGUGGAUAGGUGA